AUGUCAAUAGUGGGUUGUUAUCGCGACAACGUCUACUACAUAAUAAACGAUCAAGAGUUGGAGGUUCAGUUGCUUAGUUUUAACACUCGUGGGAGGUCGACAUAUUGUGUACUCACCAACAUGACCGACAAGAUCAUUGAACAGCCUGCCAAAGAAAUGCCAGAUAUGAGAAAUGUAAAGCUUAAAAUGACAAAUCUACACUUACAUGCUAACGGAGUCUUCAGUAAUGUGUAUAGGGGCACACUGUUAUCUCCCGGUGAAGCACCGAGAGAAAUCGCUAUUAAGAAAACUUGGCCAGGUGGGUUGCCAUUUUCCUUCAGAUCAACCAGCUCCACGGUCCCGAGCCGGCCACAGGGUUCCGGAGUGGACAAUUGGCAAGGAUCGGACGCAAAUUGA